AUGCCUCAUUCCAAGCAGCCUAGUCACUUCCAGAGUCUGAUGCUUCUGCAGUGGCCUUUGAGCUACCUUGCCAUCUUUUGGAUCUUGCAGCCAUUGUUCGUCUACCUGCUGUUUACAUCCUUGUGGCCGCUACCAGUGCUUUACUUUGCCUGGUUGUUCCUGGACUGGAAGACCCCAGAGCGAGGUGGCAGGCGUUCGGCCUGUAACUGGUGUGUCUGGACCCACAUAAGGGACUAUUUCCCCAUUACAAUCCUGAAGACAAAGGACCUAUCACCUGAGCACAACUACCUCAUGGGGGUUCACCCCCAUGGCCUCCUGACCUUUGGUGCCUUCUGCAACUUCUGCAUUGAGGCCACAGGCUUCUCGAAGACCUUCCCAGGCAUCACUCCUCACUUGGCCACGCUGUCCUGGUUCUUCAAGAUCCCCUUUGUUAGGGAGUACCUCAUGGCCAAAGGUGUGUGCUCUGUGAGCCAGCCAGCCAUCGACUAUCUGCUGAGCCAUGGCACUGGCAACCUCGUGGGCAUUGUAGUGGGAGGUGUGGGUGAGGCCCUGCAAAGUGUGCCCAACACCAGCACCCUCAUCCUCCAGAAGCGCAAGGGGUUCGUGCGCACAGCCCUCCACCAUGGAUAGGUGGCUCAUCUGGUCCCCACCUUCACUUUUGGGGAAACUGAGGUGUAUGAUCAGCUGCUGUUCCAUAAGGAUAGCAGGAUGUACAAGUUCCAGAGCUGCUUCCGCCGUAUCUUUGGUUUCUACUGUUGUGUCUUCUAUGGACAAAGCUUCUGUCAAGGCUCCACUGGGCUCCUGCCAUACUCCAGGCCUAUUGUCACUGUGGUUGGGGAGCCUCUGCCACUGCCCCAAAUUGAAAAGCCAAGCCAGGAGAUGGUAGACAAAUACCAUGCACUUUAUAUGGAUGCUCUGCAUAAACUGUUUGACCAGCAUAAGACCCACUAUGGCUGCUCAGAGACCCAAAAGCUGUUUUUCCUGUGA